GAACUCUUCUGUGUUGUGAAUUAGAACGUCUCUGAAUGUUUUAGUCUGAUUCUGGGUCGUUUCUUAAAUAUAUUUUGGACUGAAGUGUCCGUCCAGAACCAAUCCUAAGACCUGGGAUGGACUUCACUGAGUUUCCAAAAGAUGUAGAAUGCUGCCCCCCUGUGUUCAUUCAGUGUAACAACAGGAGUUGUACAGAGACCUGCAAAAAGACUGAAAAACUCAAAGAUCCUGAUGUUUCUCAGAUGUUCCCAAAGUUUGGAAGACCAGCAGAAGUGAACCUUCUCAGUCUGCAUGUUCCUCAGCGUGUCUGGGGCUCAGGGUGAAGCCGCCACAGAAUCAGACUCUGGCAACAAACCCAGAACUCUUCAGCACUGCUUCUCCUGCUGGUUCGGGACUGGUUUGGGUUUAUUUCCCGUCUAUUCCUGUGGUUUCUUGCUGUUUUGGCUCUAUCUUCCACCUCUUUGAUGGGGGAAACUCAGCUGACGGUGGCAAAAGGAGCACAGCAGCAAAGUGACUUUGUGAGCAGACCGGUCCGGACCCUCAGGGUGAAGAUGGUCCUGCUCGGAAGCUCCGGGGUUGGAAAGUCCAGCCUGGCUUUGAGGUUCGGAAAGGACCAGUUCAAGAACACGUCACCUACUGUGGGCUGUGCCUAUUUAACCCAGGUGUUACACCUGAACAACGUCACACUUCGCUUUGAGAUCUGGGACACAGCAGGGCAGGAAAAAUACCACAGCGUGACCCCGCUGUACUACAGAGGAGCCCAUGCUGCUCUCGUUGUUUACGACAUCUCCAAAAGGGAAACCUUCAUCAGAGCUCAGCUGUGGAUCAAGGAGCUGGAGAAACAGUACAUCCCAGGAUCUACGGUCAUUUGUCUCGUGGGCAACAAGGGAGACCUGGAUCAGGACCGGCAGGUUUCAGCUGAGGAAGGACUGGGUCUGGCCAGCUCUAAAGGUCUGUCCUUCACAGAGACCUCAGCUCUGUCUGGAGAUCAGGUCACCGAGCUGCUGAUGGCUGUGGGGUCUACGAGUCCAUCGGAGAGCAGCAGGGAGGUCUGUCAGAGUGGCAGGAGACCCCUCUGCUGGAUCAGCACCAAAGGAACAUGUUCAAUCCGUUCUCCUCCUGCUGCAAAGUUGGACCCUGAUCUUCAGCCUUUGCAGAGUUAUAUUUCUGGAUCUUUUGUAUUUCCUGAUCAAACAGAACCAGAACACAGCAUGCUGUUUUGUUCAGAUCACUUUCACCAGAUCAUCCAGACAAAGACAAACACGAGGUUCUCUUGUUAAACAUUUAAAACUUACAUAUAAUGAACAAUAAAUAAGUAAAUACCUUUUGUAAUUAUUA